UUAUAAUGGCAAUGGAAUGCCAAACGGAUUCUUAUGUGCAAAAGCUGUUGCUCGUAUGAUUGCAAAUGAUGAUCCAUAUAAAGAAGGAGAAGAAAAUAACACAGUAACUUUUCUAAAAAUGCUUUUACCUGAACGAUUUACUAAUCCAACCAUGACACAAUUACCACAAAAGAAUAGUGAUUAA